GGCGGCACUAAAGGGAGCUGAGGCCGUGCCCGCCCAGUCGCGCCGCGCCCGCCGCCCGGAGCACCGCCUUCCCAGCCCUCGCCGCCGCGAUGGCGGAGGACAGCGAGUCUGCGGCCAGCCAGCAGAGCCUGGAGCUGGACGACCAGGACACGUGCGGGAUAGACGGAGACAAUGAAGAGGAGACCGAGCACGCCAAAGGAAGUCCUGGAGGGGAUUUGGGAGCCAAAAAGAAAAAGAAGAAACAGAAGAGAAAAAAGGAGAAGCCAAAUUCUGGGGGCACCAAGUCUGACUCUGCAUCUGAUUCCCAGGAGAUUAAAAUUCAGCAGUCUUCAAAACACAACACCAUCUGGCAGCAGAUUUCAGCGGGAGCAGCCAUGGGUGGUGAUACUGUGGAAGGUGAAUGGAUAGAUUUAAGAAUGUAUCAUAAGAAUCCCACCAUCCCCAUUCAGAAGCUGCAGGACAUCCAGAGAGCAAUGGAGCUGCUAUCCGCAUGCCAGGGCCCAGCCAGGAACAUUGAUGAGGCCUCAAAGCGCCGAUACCAGUUCUGGGACACACAGCCGGUACCCAAACUAAAUGAAGUCAUAACAUCUCACGGUGCAAUUGAACCAGAUAAAGACAAGAUACGUCAAGAACCAUAUUCUUUGCCACAAGGUUUCAUGUGGGACACUUUAGACUUGAGUAAUGCUGAAGUGCUGAAGGAGUUGUACACGUUGUUAAAUGAGAAUUAUGUGGAAGAUGAUGAUAAUAUGUUCCGCUUCGACUAUUCGCCUGAGUUCCUGUUGUGGGCUCUGCGUCCCCCGGGCUGGCUUCUGCAGUGGCACUGUGGGGUCCGAGUGUCUUCGAAUAAAAAGUUAGUAGGUUUCAUAAGUGCCAUCCCAGCAAACAUCCGAAUUUAUGACAGUGUGAAGAGGAUGGUAGAAAUCAACUUUCUUUGUGUUCAUAAGAAAUUAAGAUCAAAGCGAGUAGCCCCAGUGUUAAUUCGAGAAAUCACUAGAAGAGUGAACCUGGAAGGAAUCUUUCAGGCUGUGUAUACUGCCGGAGUGGUUCUUCCUAAGCCCGUAGCCACAUGCAGGUACUGGCAUCGAUCCCUAAACCCCAGAAAACUGGUAGAAGUGAAAUUUUCUCACUUGAGUAGAAAUAUGACCUUACAGAGAACAAUGAAGCUUUACAGACUUCCAGAUGUUACAAAGACUUCAGGAUUGAGACCAAUGGAACCAAAAGAUAUCAAAGCAGUUCGAGAAUUAAUCAACAAUUACUUGAAGAGAUUUCAUCUAGCUCCAGUGAUGGAUGAAGAGGAAGUAGCCCACUGGUUCCUCCCCCGAGAGCACAUUAUUGACACGUUUGUGGUGGAGAACUCCAGUGGGAAGCUGACUGACUUCCUGAGCUUCUACACACUCCCCUCCACAGUUAUGCACCACCCUGCUCACAAGAGCCUCAAGGCUGCAUACUCCUUCUACAACAUUCACACAGAGACACCCCUGCUGGACCUCAUGAAUGAUGCACUCAUCAUAGCUAAGUUGAAAGGAUUUGAUGUAUUCAAUGCACUAGAUUUGAUGGAAAAUAAGACCUUCUUGGAAAAACUCAAGUUUGGUAUAGGAGAUGGCAAUCUGCAGUAUUAUUUGUACAACUGGAGGUGUCCGGGAACAGAUUCUGAAAAGGUUGGACUUGUACUACAGUAGAUGGAUAUGCUAUUUCUAGAACGCUGACAUUCUCAUUGCAUAUAUGCUGUUUAAUGAUUCCUGGAACUGCCAUUCCAAAGAAGAACAAAAGCACAAGUGAAGUCCAAGUAGUUGGUAACAAUCAGAACAGAUGACCAGUAAUAUCCAUUUCUAGUUAGAAUGUUAGAAUACACUCUGUUGUCACCCACUGUGAGAGGGAUGCAAGAGUACAAAGCACAUUUCCUCCAGUUUUCAAACUUUUGGCUUUCUUGGUUUAGAGAGGGUGUUUUUUCCCACUCUAGAAAUAGGACUGUUUUUCCACGGCUUGAACAGAGAAGUUCCAGCAGUAUGUUAAGAAAACCUGUCCUACUAGGUAGGGACAAACUGCUGCAUUUCUGUUUACUAAGUGGUGAUAUUAUUUGUAUAUCAGAACAAAGGAUCCAUAUGUGUAUCACCUUACACAAUACUACUGGGAAUGUUAUAGAAUUGACAUUUCAGUAUGGAGCAAUAUGAAAAUGUACCAGUGACUUAGUACAUUUAUCCCAUAAACAGUAGCCAAAUCAGUAAACACACAGAUUUGUACUUUGGUCUUUAGCAGGCCAGUGGGUUGUUUCAGAAGCAGUUUGGAGCAAAUACUAAGUGUGCUGUCUGAAAGAGCACACCCUGUGACAGACCAGACCUUGCCGCUGCUGUACAAUCUCAUUUCUUCCCAGCAACAUCAAGGAUAUGUGAGGGAAAGGGAAGAGAGGCUCUAAGGUCAAACUAAAUGCACAGUGGAGUUUAGUAGUGCUGUCACUACAUGGAUGGUCUGAAUGUUAUUAUUAUGCAAAAUUGCACAUGUUCCUUUAUGCUGACUUUUAAUUUAUCAUGAAAAUUGUCAUGCUAAUGGAAAAUGUCUUACUUGUAAAUAAGUAUUCAUAAUUUUGUUACCAAUGUUGUUUUUACCUAGAAUUUGAAAAACAAGUUACACAGUG